CAACUCAGACUCCAGGUAAUUCAUUUCUCAGUGUACAUGUAACAGCAGUGGAGAGAGAAUGAAGGAAAUAACACUGUAUGUCUUUAUUGUACUACACAUCUGGUCCUACGCUGUUAAAGCUCAAGAAUCUGGAAAAGGCUGUCAAAGACCUCAACUGGACAAUGGCUUUGUUGACCCGGAGCAGGAAAUGUACCAGGAUGGCACGACUUUGACUUAUGCCUGUGAUAGAGGUCUGAAGACACCAAUGGAAGGCUGGUGGGGGAUGAUUAAAUGUGAGAAUGGUAGAUGGUCUGAUAGUCCUCUGUGUACGGCCAGUCGUUCUUGUGAUGCACCUCCUCAAGUGAACCAUGCAACCAUUGUUCAACAAUAUCAAAACAAGUUUAGUGAUGGAWCAAAAGUGGUUUAUAAAUGCAAAAGAUCCUACAUGAUGGAAGGGAAUGCAGAUGUAGUCUGCCUUUCAGGAGAAUGGACCUCAGUCCCCACAUGCAGUCAUGAGGCCUUACGGAAGUGUAGGGCCAACGAGUUUCAGUGCAGUAACAGAAGGUGUAUACCGACCACCUGGAGGUGCGACAAAGACAACGACUGUUCCGACAACAGCGAUGAGGAAAACUGUGGUUAMGAAAAUGUAGAUCCAUAAUGGGUUGUUCAUGAGGAUGAUGUGACUUACUGAAAGACCUGAGGAUGGAUGAUACUGUGUCCAUUUGUUCACAUAUCACAACAUAUGUGUAUUUUCUUAACAGGGCUAGGAACAGCAAAUCACCCGAAGAGAGGAAGAGAAAAAUAGAUUGUAUAGGAUAUAACUGAUGAAUGUAGCUUUUACAUUUAGGUCAUGAUAUAGAAAAUGAUUAUAUUAUACAGCACACGGGGUUCAAAAUUCAAAAGGCACUCAUACAUCUAAGCAGUCUUUUUUGCAGGUGCAUGGUAACGGUUGAACAAGAUAAAGGAAACCGUACACGGCUCUUGAUAGUAUCACUGCUCUUUAAUAAGCUGACGUAUCGGCCUCACGGCCUUCGUCAGAGCUUUUAGCACAAGGGGUUAAAAUGGAAGGGAGCAGAGUAGGGUUCCAUCAUGACCGAUCUCUAAGGAAUAUGACCGAUCACCUAAGGAAUAGAUAGAGCCUGGGUGGCGUAGUGGUCUAAGACACUGCACUGUAGUGCAAGCAGAUAUCCUGGUUCAAUGCAUGCUGACAUGAUCACUUACAUUACAUUUAAGUCAUUUAGCAGAUGCUCUUAUCCAGAGCAACUUACAAAUUGGAAAGUUCAUACAUAUUCAU